CGUCCCUUUCAGUCCCGGAAGCCCGUGAUCCCGGCCCGGCCUGGCGGUCCUGUGUGUGGCCGCCCCUCUCUUCCUGCGAGCGGCCUCCCGCCGCCUCCCUAGCCCGGGGCUGCGGGGCCUGACCUCCAAAUUCUCAGCAGCUAUGCCGGGCCCGCAAACCGGGAGCCGAGCCCGCGUGUAUGCCGAUGUAAACAGCCUGAGGAGCCGCGAGUACUGGGACUACGAGGCGCACGUCCCGAACUGGGGGAACCAGGAGGACUAUCAGCUGGUGCGGAAACUCGGCCGUGGCAAAUACAGCGAAGUGUUCGAGGCGAUAAACAUCACCAAUAAUGAGAGGGUCGUGGUGAAGAUCCUGAAGCCGGUGAAGAAGAAGAAGAUAAAGCGGGAGGUGAAGAUCCUGGAGAACCUGCGAGGUGGCACCAACAUCAUCCGCCUGCUGGACACCAUCAAGGAUCCAGUGUCCAAGACUCCGGCUCUCGUGUUUGAAUACAUCAAUAAUACAGACUUCAAGCAGCUCUACCAGAUCCUGACCGACUAUGACAUCCGAUACUACAUGUACGAGCUGCUGAAGGCUCUGGAUUACUGCCACAGUCAGGGUGUGAUGCACCGAGACGUGAAGCCGCACAACGUCAUGAUAGACCACCAGCAGAAGAAGCUGCGGCUCAUAGACUGGGGAUUGGCGGAGUUCUAUCACCCGGCGCAGGAGUACAACGUACGCGUCGCCUCUCGAUACUUUAAGGGUCCGGAGCUGCUGGUUGAUUAUCAGAUGUACGACUACAGCCUGGACAUGUGGAGCCUCGGGUGCAUGCUGGCCAGUAUGAUAUUCCGGAAGGAGCCAUUCUUCCACGGUCAGGACAACUAUGACCAGGUGAGUACCCUACCUACCCUCAUAGUGUGUGAGCCCAGGGGUGAGGAGCCGGGGCCACCUACCCUCAUAGUGUGUGAGCCCAGGGGUGAGGAGCCGGGGCCACCUACCCCCAUAGUGUGUGAGCCCAGGGGUGAGGAGCCGGGGCCACCUACCCUCAUAGUGUGUGAGCCCAGGGGUGAGGAGCCGGGGCCACCUACCCUCAUAGUGUGUGAGCCCAGGGGUGAGGAGCCGGGGCCACCUACCCUUAUAGUGUGUGAGCCCAGGGGUGAGGAGCCGGGGCCACCUACCAUUAUAGUCUGUGAGCCCAGGGGGGGUGAGGAGCUGGGGCCACCUACACCUCAUAGUCUGUGA